CGGGCCCUCCUGCCGUGUGGUGUUUGCAGUGUUGGCUGGAGAUACAACAACAGGAAGUCGGGAGAGUUUCACGUGCCUCAGAAGUGUGACACAGCACAGGCGGCAUCAAUUGUCUGAAAAAUGGCUGAAUCGUGUUUUGUCAGGAUGUGCGUAGUCGUGUCCUUAGGAAGUGUCUCUUCCGCAGAGUGACAUCCUCGUCUGUGUGUGGAGUGGCCGUGGGGCUCCGUGCUGACCACACUCCGUGUGCUGACCCCUCGCCGUGGUAACUGCUGACCCCUCGUUGUGGUGACCACUGACCCCACGCCGUGCUGGCCCCUCACCGUGCUGAGCCCUGGGUGAUGCCGGCCCCUGCCCCGCCGUCCUGGCGGGCUGAGGCGUGAGGGCGGCACCACGGCGGGGCCGGCCCGGCCCACGCGCUGCAGGGUGGUCAUCUACCUGCAGAAGGCCAUGUCGGGGGACACGUGCCUGGGCAGCGCCCUGUGCCCGGCCGCCGGACACAAGCCCAAGGCCGGCGCGCUCAAGGGCGGCAGCCUGGGCAACAAGUACGUGCGGCUCAACGUCGGGGGCUCCCUGUACUACACCACGGUGCAGGUGCUCACCAGGCACGACACCAUGCUCAAGGCCAUGUUCAGCGGCAGGAUGGAGGUGCUCACCGACAAGGAAGGCUGGAUCCUUAUAGACCGUUGUGGGAAGCACUUUGGAACAAUUUUAAACUAUCUCAGAGAUGACACAAUUGCACUUCCAAAACACAGGCAGGAGAUCAAAGCCUUGAUGGCAGAAGCCAAAUACUAUCUUAUCCAGGGCUUAGUGGACAUGUGCCAGGCAGCCCUGCAGGACAAGAAAGACUUGUAUGAACCUGUCUGCAGCAUCCCUAUUAUCACCUCUCCAAAAGAAGAGGAGAGACUGAUAGAGUCAUCAAUGAAACCUGUUGUUAAACUGCUGUAUAAUAGAAGCAACAAUAAAUACUCCUACACCAGUAACUCUGAUGACAACUUGCUGAAGAACAUCGAGCUGUUUGACAAGCUGUCCCUGCGGUUCAACGGCAGAGUGCUGUUCAUCAAGGACGUGAUCGGGGACGAGAUCUGCUGCUGGUCCUUCUACGGGCAGGGCCGCAAGCUGGCCGAGGUGUGCUGCACCUCCAUCGUCUACGCCACCGAGAAGAAGCAAACCAAGGUUGAGUUCCCUGAGGCACGGAUCUAUGAGGAGACCCUGAAUGUCCUGCUGUACGAGACACCCCGGGUCCCAGACAACUCCCUGCUGGAGGCCACGAGCCGCAGCCGCAGCCAGGCCUCGCACAGCGAGGAUGAGGAGGGGCUGGAGCUGCGCGAGCGCGUGCGCCGCAUCCACGUCAAGAGGUACAGCACCUACGACGACCGCCAGCUCGGCCACUAGCUGGGCUGGGCCUGCGGCAGCUGCAGCUCCCCUCCUGUCCCUGGGCAGGAGGGGCAUCCCUGGACAGCCAUCUUCACGGGGCGCCUCGGCCCCUGGAAAGGCAGCGGGGAUUUGUGUGCACAGAGCAGCACUGAAGGCCAAGGCCUUGCAGAACUGAGGUGUGAGUUGUGCACCUUGUGCCGUACCUGCAGGCUGGCCCCUCCUCCUGCUGGGAGGGGGAUGUGGAAUGCUGGUUCUCGGUUUGUGGUUGCUCUUUCCUAGCUAACGAUUUGCCAGUUUCCCCCUUGCCGUGAGCAGCACUGCUCUUCCUGAGUGAGGUUGGGCGGUUUGAAAAGCUCUUUCCAGACAGCUCCCCUUCCAGGGCCUUGUACAAUGGAACUUGCAGUUAUUAAAUCAAGAUACUGAAGAGAGAACUUGAAUGUGGCUGCUCUUGGCAGACCCUACAUGGGAUGACCCCCCGCAGAAACGUUUGGCUGGCCAGUCAGCUGCACCUGUGCUCUCCCAGGCCUGUCCCCAGAACACCUGCAAAGGUUUGUGUUCCAGGAUGGUGUCUUUAAAACUCGUUGAUUCCUAGGCAAGCUCUUCCAAAGUGGUGAGAAUCAAGUCAUCAGCCUCUCCAUGUGAAAAGUGGAAGUCUCUGAAGAUGUAAAUGUGUAGGUAGUGACUUGUCCUGGGAGAGGGGGAAAUGGGUAUGGUGAGGGAAGAAACCUGAAGUAAGCAAACCUGAGCAGAUUGUGGCACUGUUGCCCUGGUUGAAGCUUGUCACUGUGAAAUCCUGUUUAUAUAAACAAGGGCAAUCUGGGGAAUUGCUUUUACAUUCCUCCUGUGGCCUAAAAGUGCUAUUUGAUGUUAAAUUUCUCAAGCAGCAGGGAAGAAAUUGCAGUGGCUGGAGAAGUACAGGCUAAACAGUGUUUUCUAAGGCUAGAACAUGUGACUUCAAGUUCUGUGUCCUGAAUCCCUUCUAGAGGGUAGAAGUUGAAGAAGAAAAACAGCUGUGAAAAUAUUGUUCUAGCAUGGAACUGUGAGAGGCUUUGGGCAUAGCAGAGAGUUGGCUUAUACUGGAUUUUAAACUGAAAUAAUCACUUUUAUUCUGAGUGCUUGGCUGGGUGUUGAUUUACAGGGCACUUCAGGAGGUGGAGGUCAAGUCUGCUCUGAAAAUUUGGAAAUUUCUGGAAUUUUUCUGGAAACAGUUUCAAGUUCAGUAUGAAAAGCCAUUGUUGUACUUUUAAACAUUUGCUUGUAUGUUUGAGCUGUAG